GCACUCGUUGUCACGACAGGAGGAGACGCAGGCAGGCCGCGCUCCCGCCUCACUCUGCUCCCCGGCUGGCCGUAGCUCUCUGAGCCCUGUUUUCAGCGCUCUCAGCCGCGGGAACAUUCGCUCAGACUCGCACCAAACUUUUCCGCCCUGGGCUCGGGAUCCUGGACUCCGGGGCCUCCCCGCCCGCCCCUUUCCCUGGUUCCAGCUCCAGCCUCUGGACUAGGAACCGGCAGCCCUCCUCUCCGCGUCCUUCCCGCUCUCUUCAGCCGUUUUGGGGAGGGACUUUCCACGCUCCGGAUAGUUCCCGAGGGUCACCCGCGCCGCACUCGCCUUUCCAUUUCGCCUUCACCUGGAUAUAAUUUCCAAGCGAAGCUGCCCCCAGGAUGACCACGCUGGCCGGCGCUGUGCCCAGAAUGACGCGGCCGGGCCCGGGGCAGAACUACCCACGCAGCGGGUUCCCGCUGGAAGUGUCCACUCCCCUCGGCCAGGGCCGCGUCAACCAGCUCGGCGGCGUUUUUAUCAACGGCAGGCCGCUGCCCAACCACAUCCGCCACAAGAUCGUGGAGAUGGCCCACCACGGCAUCCGGCCCUGCGUCAUCUCGCGCCAGCUGCGCGUGUCCCACGGCUGCGUCUCCAAGAUCCUGUGCAGGUACCAGGAGACCGGCUCUAUCCGUCCCGGUGCCAUCGGCGGCAGCAAGCCCAAGCAGGUGACAACGCCUGACGUGGAGAAGAAAAUUGAGGAAUAUAAAAGAGAGAACCCGGGCAUGUUCAGCUGGGAAAUCCGAGACAAAUUACUCAAGGACGCGGUCUGUGAUCGAAACACGGUGCCCUCAGUGAGUUCCAUUAGCCGCAUCCUGAGGAGUAAAUUCGGGAAAGGUGAAGAGGAGGAGGCCGACUUGGAGAGGAAAGAGGCAGAGGAAAGUGAGAAGAAGGCCAAACACAGCAUCGACGGCAUCCUGAGCGAGCGAGCUUCAGCACCCCAGUCAGAUGAAGGCUCUGAUAUUGACUCUGAACCAGAUUUACCACUAAAGAGGAAACAGCGCAGAAGCCGAACCACCUUCACAGCAGAACAGCUUGAAGAACUGGAGCGUGCUUUUGAGAGAACUCAUUACCCUGACAUUUAUACCAGGGAGGAACUGGCCCAGAGGGCGAAGCUCACAGAGGCCCGCGUACAGGUCUGGUUUAGCAACCGCCGUGCAAGAUGGAGGAAGCAAGCUGGGGCCAAUCAACUGAUGGCUUUCAACCAUCUCAUUCCGGGGGGGUUCCCUCCCACUGCCAUGCCGACCCUGCCAACAUACCAGCUGUCGGAGACCUCUUACCAGCCCACAUCUAUUCCACAAGCCGUGUCGGAUCCCAGCAGCACGGUUCACAGACCUCAACCGCUUCCUCCGAGCACAGUACACCAAAGCACGAUUCCUUCCAACCCAGACAGCAGCUCUGCCUACUGCCUCCCCAGCACCAGGCAUGGAUUUUCCAGCUAUACAGACAGCUUUGUGCCUCCGUCGGGGCCCUCCAACCCCAUGAACCCCACCAUUGGCAAUGGCCUUUCACCUCAGGUAAUGGGACUCCUGACCAACCACGGUGGGGUACCUCAUCAGCCCCAGACUGAUUACGCGCUCUCCCCUCUCACCGGGGGCCUGGAACCUACCACCACCGUGUCGGCCAGCUGCAGUCAGAGACUAGACCAUAUGAAGAGCUUGGACAGCCUGCCAACAUCUCAGUCCUACUGUCCACCCACCUAUAGCACCACAGGCUACAGUAUGGACCCUGUCACGGGCUACCAAUAUGGGCAGUAUGGACAAAGUGCCUUUCAUUAUCUCAAGCCAGAUAUCGCUUGGUUUCAAAUUCUUUUGAACAUGUUGGCCAAAAGCCGUGGAGAAGAGGAAGACCGGGAGCAAUAA